CUGACUUUCUUUGACACGCGUAGAAACCCACCUCUCGAAAAAGUGAAUGACCGAAAGCCCAUGUGCAUUUAAACUUGCAUUAGUAGCCUACAGUGUUAGAAUAGUUAAACUUCUACCUGGCAGAAAGCGUAGACUUUGAAGGGGUAGGAAUAGUUACAGUAGACUACGCAUUUUUCGGGGGAGAUCAUGGCGGCGGCAGCGGUGGAGGUGAGUGUGAGCAGCGGGAGUAGUGACACAUCUAGCACGGGCGAAGAUGAGAAGAUGAGGCGGUUGUUCCAGACUUGCGACGGGGACGGCGACGGAUACAUCAACAGGAACGACCUGCUGAUGGUAUGUCGGCAACUGAACAUGGAGGAGUCUGUGGCUGAGAUCAUGGGCCAGCUUGGAGCUGACGAACGAGGGAAGAUCUCCUUUGAGGACUUCACACGCUGCCGCAUGCAGCUGGUCAACGAGAUUCGCAAGGAGGAGGGCGAACUGUGCCAGGAUUCUGAAACCAGAUUGAUCAGGGAUCGAAUUGCUUCCAGGCCAAACAGCAGUGAGAACAGCCUGGGAGCACGGGAGAGCUGGGAGUAUGACUCAGGUGCAAGAGACCUCCAGAGUCCAGAUAUCCAAAACCAGCAACCCCGGCAUCAGUUGGUGUACCUCAAGAAACGUUUGGAGCAGCCUGGAACUGUUCUUGAACAGCAAGCCGCCCUCCACAAGCUCCUGGCCCAGACAAGUGCCCGUGUAGCCCCACUAGGUGGAAACUACCUGGAGCUUGCCAACACGCUCCACCUGGCAGCCCUGGCCUCACUCAAAUGCGACAUGGGCGAGCUAAACAAGCGUCUGGUGCAGACAGAGCGAGAGAGAGACCUGUUCGAGAAGAGACUGGCCAAAGCACAGUGUGAACAAUCGCAUCUGAUGCAGGAGCAUGAGGAUCUGCAGGAGAGGACCACCUUACGCUACGAGGAGAGGAUCACUGAGCUCCACAGCAUCAUUGCUGAACUCAACAAGAAGAUAGACCUGCUGCAGGGUACCACCAUAAGGGAGGAGGAUGAGUUUUCAGAGCUGCGUUCAGAACUCAGCCAUAGCCAGCAGGAAGCCAACGAGGACGGACACAGCGUGGAUCAGGACGCGGCAUCUGUGUCAUUGCCUGGAAACCACUCCACUCUCGUCACUGCUGACAUGGACAACUGUAGCGACCUAAACUCAGAGUUGCAGCGGGUGCUGACUGGGCUGGAGAGCGUGCUGUGUGGGCGGAAGAAGAGCACAUGCAGUCUGUCUGUGGCCGAGGUUGACCGCCAAAUCGAGCAGUUGACCACCGCCAGUGAGCACUGUGACCUCGCCAUCAAAACGGUGGAGGAGAUCGAAGGGGCUCUCGGCCGGGACUUCUACCCCAGCCUGUCUGAAGAGAGGUUUCACUGGGAGAAGGAGCUAACAAGCCUCAGGGAAGAGAACGAGAGCCUGACGGCAAUGCUGUGUUCCAAAGAGGAAGACCUCAAUCGCACAAAGGCCACCAUGAAUGCCAUACGGGAGGAACGUGAUCGCUUACGACGACGGGUGCGGGAACUCCAGACACGUCUCCAGACAUCUCAGCCCGGGGGUCCAUCCAGUCCUGGCCGUGUCACCCCAGCCUCACGACCCAUCAAUCCCAGCACAGGGGAGCUCAGCACCAGCAGCAGCAGCAACGACAUACCUGUUGCCAAGGUGGCUGAAAGGGUGAAGCUCUCCAAAACACGUUCAGAGUCAUCUUCAACAGAGAGACCGGUGCUGGGCUCUGAAAUCAGCAGUAUUGGGGUAUCCAGUAAUGUAGCGGAGCACCUGGCACACUCCCUGCAGGACUGUUCCAACAUCCAGGAGAUCUUCCAGACCCUCUACUCCCACGGCUCAGCCAUAUCUGAGAACAAGAUCAGGGAGUUUGAGGUGGAGACAGAGAGACUAAACAGCCGCAUUGAGCACCUUAAAUCUCAAAACGACCUGCUAACCAUCACACUGGAGGAAUGUAAGGGCAACGCGGAGAGGAUGAGCAUGCUGGUGGGAAAAUAUGAGUCCAACGCCACAGCACUGAGACUGGCACUACAGUACAGUGAACAAUGUAUAGAGGCCUAUGAACUGCUGUUAGCCCUGGCUGAGAGUGAGCAGAGCCUGGUGCUUGGUCAGUUCAAAGCUGCCGGUGUUGGUACAGUGGGGGAGCAAUCUAGAGAAGAGAGCAUCACUCAGAUCCUGAAGAGGGCCCAUGACAGCAGGAAGACAGUGGAAAACUCAGCCAAGGACCUGUUGAUCCGCCUGGAUGGAAGCUGUGGAGCAGCCUUCACUGUAUCUGGCUGCAGCGUACAGCCAUGGGAGAGCCUGUCCUCCAACAGUCACACCAGUACUACCAGUUCCACGGCCAGCUCGUGCGACACAGACUUUUCCAAGGAGGAUGAACAGCGACUGAAGGAUUACAUCCAGCAGUUAAAGAAUGACCGUGCGGCGGUCAAGCUUACCAUGCUGGAGCUUGAGAGCAUUCACGUGGACCCCCUCAGUCUGGAGGAGAAACCCAGAGGAGACACUCAGAGGCUAGACCUGGAGAAUGCCGUUCUUAUGCAGGAGCUAAUGGCCAUGAAGGAGGAGAUGGCAGACCUGAAAGCACAGCUGUACCUGCUGGAGAAGGAGAAGAAGGCAGUGGAGCUGCGCCUGAGCACUCGUGAGGCCCAGGAGCAGGCUUACCUGGUGCACAUAGAGCACCUCAAGGCAGAGGUGGAGGAGCAGCAGGAGCAGAGGCGACGCUCACUCAAGUCUACUGGAAGUGGCAACGGCGGCAACAGCAGCAAAGAGAAGGCAGGAGCUAAGGACUCUGGGGACUCUCCAAACAUCAGUCUGUCUGACCUGAGGACUCUGAAUGACAAUGACCUGGCAGCAGAGCUUACCAAUGCUCUGAGGCGGGAGAAGAAGGUGAAGGGUCGUGUCCAGGAGCUUGUAGCAGCGUUGGAGCGUCUGACUAAGAGCAGUGAGGUUCGCCACCAGCAGAGCGCUGAGUUUGUCAAUGACCUUAAACGUGCAAACAGUAACCUGGUGGCGGCCUAUGAGAAGGCUAAGAAAAAGCACCAGAACAAGCUGAAGAAGAUGGAGGCUCAAAUGAUGGCCAUGGUGGAACGUCACGAGACCCAGGUCCGCAUGCUGAAGCAAAGAAUUGCCCUCCUGGAGGAGGAGAACUCCCGGCCGCACACUAAUGAGACCUCCCUAUGAGAACCAGCUAAGAGGAGAACAUUCUUAUGUAGCUUUGAGAACCUCCAAUACAAGAACUCACAAUGUUCUCAAAACAAUAUAACAUUGCUACAAGAGGCCGUGCUGGAAGAAGUGGCUGUUAGAGCUUGCUUAGAAUGAACUUGGCCUCAUACCAAAAAGACACAGCCAGGACUAGGAAAUCAGUUGAGAGAACAACAGUAACAACUUAAAGACCAUAUUUUGAGAAUUCCGAGUGGUCACAAACCCAUUAGUGGUGUUCUACAAAUUGAGUUCUCACGAAUGUCACUUGCCAACAAGAACCAGAGAACCACAAACUAGUUGGAAAUACUAGUUGACACAGUGUGCGAAUUACGGGGGGGUUUGGGGGGGUCUGACAAGGCUCGGACCCCCCCAAAAGAGGUAAAAACCACAGGUCGGGGGGGGUCCAUACAUUUAUAUGUUGUUCUUACCUUUAAUCGUAAAUAUCACAAUAUAGUUACCAUAUUCAUUCAAUAAUAGGUUGGCGAUACACAGAAAUGUUGACUUUAUGGCAGGGAAUAUCACACACUAUUACACUGACUGCCAUAGUCAAAAUUCACUCAAUAAACACAGUGCAUUUGGCACAUGGUUAACCACCAACUUAAAAGAUAGCUAUCGCUAGCUCUAUAUCAAGCAAGAUAGCUUCAUUUGUCUGUCUCAUUGCUUGUCAGAAUCUGGAGAGCUUUCCGACAACCGUAUUUUGUGAUGAACAGUCAGAUAUACUCCUCUGGUAAUUUUGUAAAGAUCAACUUUUUGAUUUCAGAAAGACUAGACUAAAACUACAAACUAGUGUUUGUAGUUUUAGUAGUGCAUUCGUGUGUGCCAUUGUCGUGCCGUUUACUUAGUUGGGGCGGCGGCAGGUCCCGGGGGGGGGGGGCACUGAGUUGACCCCCCCGAUUGUCAUUGUAUAAUUGGCACACUGACAUACAUCGAGAAGUGAAUUUUGAAUCUUCCAAGAUAAAAACUCUCAUUGAUAGAGGUCCCAAAACAUAACAUUGGAACCAUACAUAUUAGAAUUUUUGAUUAUUACCAUAUAUAUAAAAAAUAACCUUUUCUUUGGAGAGCCCUUGCUAUAGCAACUUACAAGAGCUUCAAAGCAAUCAAUUUCAUUGUGAGAACCCUUGCAGUGCUUUGGAACCUUCUACCCAAUGACAUCUCACGGUGAGCAGUGGGAGACGAUUUCACUGUUCUGUCAGAGGACUAAUAAGAAACCAGAAACUGCUUCUCCCACCAAUUAAGAGACAACCUUGAAGUUCUAGUGGGCACAUACACUUGUGUGGGAACUCUUGAGUUAACUGGUUCGCCUUUUGAAAAAGUGGCAGUCUUAAGUUGACGUUUGAAGUGACGACAUGACUGACUGUCAACCAUUGAAGGAGAAGGUCACAUGGACUUGUAUCUAUAAAUAACUUUUUAAAAAAGACAUACAUAAUUGUAUUUUUAUUUUUUUAGCACUAUACAGGGCUAUAGCAUAGCAUUAACCGAGUAUCCAGUUUUUAUAACCACGUCUCAUUUGAUUCCCAGUAAGAGUUUUUUGUUGUUGCUAGGAUUGGACUGUAAAUUAUUUUUUAAAGCAAUUAUCUGUAAUUUUGUAACAGCCAUUUAGAAAUCAUUAGCCAUAAGGAGUGCUAUUAUUUAAACUCUAAAUGUUAGGCUAAAAUGAUAAGCCUGACUCAUCAAACACAACAGUGUACACUUUGCCAUAAUGCGAACCAUUAACAAACCUAUUGAUCCUGUUUAAUUAAAUAUGGUCUCCAGGUUUUGAAGAUAAUACAUUUUUAUAUUUGAAUGAUACAAUACCAUAGAUUUAAUAGAAAAUAAUACACUGUGCUCUCUUACAUUUUCUGACUUGCUGUGAGUACUCCGUUUUCAUACCAUCCUUAGUCAGAAGAUAUAAUAGUCUUUGUGGUUACACGUGUGUGAGCAGCCUGCAUACAGCAAUUUUUGUGCCAGAUAUUUUAUGCCCUUAAUGUAACCAAUUUUCUAAUCUGCUUUUAGCACACAGACAGACACACCUUUAUUGCAAACACACACUCACCAUCAUAAAAUGCUUUCUGAGAUCUGAGGCAUGCAAACAUAGACUUCACCUAUAGCACUUUUCACACACCUGGCUCAAUUCAUUGCCUUUUUGAGGACAUCUGCACUCUUUCACACUCAUUGUCCUUAACAAGUGGCAUUCAAUAGGGCUAAAUCAAGCUUUAUCAGGCUUGAUUCAUUGUCACAUAAAACUGGAUUAUUUCAUUUCAUUAAAAAGUUUGAUCACAAGAAGGGCUUGUUAUGUUUCAUUGUGGUCUCAAGUAGUGUUGUUUUUGGCGGCCUGUUUCAAUUUUAGUUUUAGUCUUUGUGUCAAGCUGUCAUUUUAGUUUUUAUUAGUUUUAGUCACGUUCAUACUCUUCUUUGUCUAGUCUAAGUUUCAGUCGACUAAAAGUCUGAGCAUUUUAGUCUUAUUUUAGUCAGACUUAUCCAUGACUAUUUUAGUUUUAGUCGACGAAAACUGAUGAUAUUUAGUCUAGUUUAAGUGAAUGAAAAUUUUAUUUUAGUCUCUUUUUAAUCAAAACAGAAGUAGUCUAAGCAGUAAU